AGCACAAUGAGGAAGUCACGCUUCUUCCACGUGCGUACAACACUGCGUGGGACGUACUGCAGGGACUCACUGUCAAACGCGGCGUGUGCGCUGCGAGGAUUCGUCGAAGUGCCUUUAGCCGGUGCGCUGUGUGGAGGAUCAUUGGAGAGAAUUAAAUUUCUGACCUCCGAAUAUUGGAAACCAUAUACGGCAAUCAGAGGAAAAACGCAACAGACACAAAUAAAAGUUGUGUGCCUUAGGCGAUGUGCCAUGACUGGUGGGCGCUCCUUUAGGGAGAAGACGCUGAUAAGAAAAGAAGAUGCACAACACUGCAGGUAG